UUAUGGAGUCUAAAACGUUUCUCAUUCUUGAGAAAGAACAAGAAGAAAAUAAGCAAAUAUCAAUCUUUACUAGAUAGUGCUAACAUGUUUGGUCUAAUCCAAGAAAGUGCUUGCUGUUCAAUAAGUUCAUCGCCAGAGGACGCAUUGGAGAUGGCUCGUCAAGCAUUGGCAUCAAGAAGGCUAUCAUUCGAAGAAGACGAGUCAUGUUCAGUUUUAUCCAUGGCUGGUUUCCCCUUCAAGGAUUGUAUAGUCUUAGCUGUGGAAACUGAGAAUCCUAAAAUGGAUUUCUUGCAUUCAAUGGAGCAAAUGACUAAAGCUUAUGGUGGGGGAGAAAUGGAUUGGGGAUUCAUGGAGGAAUUACUUACUUGGUUCUUGAGGAUUAAUAACAUGAAGUAUCAAAAUUUCAUAGUAGAUGCAUUUGUUGACUUGUGCUUGCGAGGUGUUCAAACUGUGGAAUCACUUGCUACUGAAGUACCUGUUGAAACUGUGGAACCACUUGAUACUGAAGUACCUAGUGAAGCUUUGAAGCCACUUGCUAAUGAAGUACCUGAUGAAAUUGUGCAUGUUAGUGAAGAAAUUUUGAAGGAAUUAGAUGGACUUGAUGCUGACUGUGGGACCUCUGUGCAUGUUGCUGAGCUACCUGCAGGACCAUUUUCUAUGUCAAAGAGAGGCAAGCAUUUUAAUUUUAAAGAAGAGUCAUGUAGGAUUAUGUAGUUCUUGUUGAGAAAUGAAAGGUAGAAACUCUUGGAAAAUGUAAGGAGCAGGGCGGGUUGAAAUCUUUGCCGGUAAUUAAGAUUGAACCCGCCCCACUGC